AUGUUAUCAAUCCUGCGAAAAGCCCGACUCAAGGACAAAGAAAUGAGAAUCCUGAUGCUCGGACUGGAUAAUGCUGGAAAGACUACAAUCGUCAAGAAGGUUAUGGGAGAGGAUGUCAACACCGUAAGCCCAACAUUGGGUUUCAUCAUCAAGACGAUUGACUAUGAGGGGUACAAAUUAAACAUCUGGGACGUGGGUGGACAGAAAACGUUGCGGUCCUACUGGAGAAACUAUUUCGAAAAGACAGAUGCUUUGAUCUGGGUUGUCGAUGCAACAGACCGUUUACGCAUCCAAGACUGCAGAGACGAGCUUCAAGGUUUGCUCUUAGAAGAGCGUCUUGCAGGGGCAAGUCUGCUUGUUUUUGCCAACAAAACAGAUGUUGAGGGAUGUAUGACGGAAGAAGAGAUUCUCUCGGUAUGUCCACGCUACGCCAUGACAUGCCAUGUGAACAUGACCAAGCUCACCAUUAUGUUUAGGAGCUACAACUGGAAUCCAUACGGACACAUCGAUGGCACAUCCUGCCAUGCAGCGCUAUGA